ACCCUCCCGAGCCUGUUGCCUCGCAAAGACUCUCCUGCAUAGGCACUGAGACGGGACCAUCAGCACGUCUGUCUCUCGAACCUCUUGCAACAGUUUGCUUGAUCAGCAUGGCUGACAAGCUCAAGGGCACCAAGAGGCCCAGCGCCGACGCCGACGCCGACACCCCAGGCUCCCCCAAGCGAGCGAGGCAGGCAGGCGCCAUGGAUGGGUACAACCCCUACCUCGCCCACCAGUACGGUGACCAGAACGGCUCCGCCAGGUCGUCUGCUUGGCCUGCAUUCAACGGCAUCAAGCGCCACGAGACCAACGAGAAACAGAUCUCCCGGCUGGAGGACGCCGACGACAACCCAUGGACCGGCGAGCCGCACACCCAGAAGUACUUCAGGAUCCUCGAGGGGAGGAGGAACCUGCCUGUCCACAAGCACCGCCAGGAGUUCCUCGACAUCUACCACAACACCCAGAUCAUGGUCUUUGUCGGAGAGACCGGUUCCGGAAAGACCACCCAGAUCCCCCAGUACGUCCUCUACGACGAGCUGCCCCAGUUCACAGGCAAGCUCAUCGCUUGUACCCAGCCCCGCCGGGUCGCCGCCACCAGCGUUGCCCAGCGUGUCGCCGACGAGCUCGACGUCACCCUUGGCAACGAGGUCGGUUACAGCGUCCGUUUCGACAACUGCACCUCCGACAAGACCAUGCUCAAGUACAUGACAGACGGUCAGCUGCUGCGAGAGUGUAUGCACGACAACGACAUGUCCCGCUACUCCUGCAUCAUCAUCGACGAGGCCCACGAGCGCACACUUGCCACCGAUAUCCUCAUGGCCCUGCUGAAGGAGAUCUCCCAGCGGCGCAAGGACCUCAAGAUCAUCAUCAUGUCUGCCACCCUCGACGCCCAAAAGUUCCAGAAAUACUACUUUGACGCGCCGCUGUUGGCCGUCCCCGGAAGGACACACCCAGUGCAGCUCUUUUAUACCCCGGAGGCCGAGAGGGACUAUAUCGAGGCUUCCAUCAGGACAGUGCUCCAGAUCCACGCCACCGAGGAGGAGGGUGACAUCCUGCUGUUCUUGACCGGAGAGGAGGAGAUCGAGGACGCUUGCAGGAGGAUCCGUCUCGAGGUUGAUGAGAUGCUGCGCGAAUCCGACGUUGGCCAGAUGUCAAUCUACCCCCUGUAUGGUACCCUGCCACCACACCAGCAGCAGCGCAUCUUCGAUAAGGCACCGGGCCCUAUCAAGCCCGGCGGGCGGCCUGGACGGAAAUGCAUCGUGGCUACAAAUAUUGCAGAAACGUCCCUCACGAUUGAUGGCAUUGUUUACGUGGUCGAUCCGGGCUUCAGCAAGCAAAAGAUUUACAACCCCCGAAUCCGUGUCGAGUCGCUUCUUGUCAGCCCUAUCAGCAAGGCAUCCGCACAGCAACGAGCUGGUCGUGCCGGUCGUACGCGACCAGGAAAAUGCUUUAGGCUGUACACAGAGCCUGCGUUCAAAAAGGAACUCAUCGAGCAGACCUACCCCGAGAUCCUGCGGUCCAACCUGUCGAACACUAUUCUGCAGCUCAAGCGGCUCGGUGUACAAGAUCUGGUCCAUUUCGACCUUCUUGACCCGCCGGCGCCCGAGACGAUGAUGCGUGCCCUCGAGGAACUCAAUUUCCUGGCAUGCCUGGACGACGAGGGCGAGCUCACCCCACUGGGCAGCCUCGCGUCUGAGUUCCCGCUCGACCCACAGCUGGCAGUCAUGCUCAUUAGCAGUCCCGAGUUCUACGCUAGCAACGAAAUCCUGUCGAUCGUCUCUCUGCUGUCAGUGCCGUCACCGUGGAUUCGGCCCAACACAGCACGGAAACGUGCCGACGAGAUGAAGGCCCAAUUUGCCCAUCCGGACGGUGACCAUCUGACGCUGCUGAACCUGUAUCACGCCUUCAAGGGCGAGAUGAACAAGGGUACAGACAUGAAGACGUGGUGCCAUGAGCACUUCUGCAGCAUACGGCAUCUGAGCUCGGCCGAUAACGUUCGUGCCCAGCUCAAGCGUAUUAUGGAGACGCAUGGCAUCGAGCUGGUUUCCACGGACUUCAACGACAAGAACUACUACAACAACAUCCGCCGAGCACUUGUCGCGGGUUUCUUUAUGCAGGUGGCUAUGAAGGACACGAGCAAGAGUUACACCACGAUCAAGGACAACCAGCCUGUCCUGAUCCACCCGUCCAGCGUGAUAAAAGCCGACUACGAGUGGGUCAUUUACCACGAGUUUGUCCUAACCAGCAAGCAAUACAUUCGUACCGUAACUGGUGUCCGUCCCGAGUGGCUUCUGGAGAUUGCGCCCGUCUACUACGACUUAGACACGUUCGAGAAGGGCGAGGUCAAGACGGCACUGCAACGCGUGACGGAGAGGAUCCGCCGGAAACAGGCUAUGAAGGGAGGGAGGGCCUAGAAGACCUAUUCCUUUCCCCAGUCCGGCUAGGCAGCGCCACUUUCACAGACAAUAAGUGUGAAGCCGGCAAUGGUAAUCACUGAAUUCGCAAGCUCGAUGUUUCACCAUGAUAGAGUCAAGCAUGUCGUUUCCCACUUCACGGUGGAAAGGUUCGGAAGGGGGCAAAGACGGAUACACCCACUGGCUCAAGGUGUAUGGCUCCGGUCCUGAUUUUGCUCUUAUUGUUUGGUUGUCUUUUUUUUUUUUCAAUGGGCUCUCAAGGAAGGCCACAGACUGGGCCGGCGUUCGAGUUUUCUCGAGUCUUGGAUCAGGGAGCACAUGAUCCUAACAUUAGAACAGACAGACAGGCACAUACCUAGGUAGGCGGGGCGAGGUGGCGGACGAAUAGAGCAUCUAUCCGCGGCCAUCCUAAAUGUUCUCACUUCCACCGACAUUGUGGCACCACCAAUUGCUUGAGCACUGUGGCCUCGUGCUAAAACUGCGCCGCCGCCGCCCUGUUUCGUUAAUAAUCCCCUCGGCCGCAAGCCCAGCGAGACCGCCCGCCCUCGCGUGAGAGAACCCGCACCUGCUUCAAGAAGAGGGGGAUGGAGCUGUUGUGCCACGGGGCUCCGGCGCCGUGCUACGAUGGCCACUGCCACGUAGGAAGAACAAAGGAAAGAGAGGGCCAGGCCGCCAGCCGAUCGACACGGACCCUUCGAGAUCAGGGGCAAGGAGGGGAGGCGGGACGGGCUGGUGCUAUGUAACCAUAGGGCCAAGACAGGACGAAGGCACGCGCGGGAUAAGCCGAGCAUCUGGCGAUGGGCUCAUCUUCCCAGUGUGCAACUCGAGGCGGGAGACGGGUGAAGUGAAGUUGCAUGAGCCCAGGCGCGAGAGGGCGGGGUGAGUGUUUGCCUGACUAACUCAACGCGCCACCCAAGGCAACCCGAGCAACCCCUCGUCGGUAGACUUAUAUCUGACUGACUGCACUCACUGCCUUGGCGAACAAGAAAGAGCACCUGUCUCAAAAGACGGACGUGACCAACCCGACAACAAACCGGGGGUCGCAGGACCAGAGAGAGUCGCGAUCUUGCAGAUGGCGUUGUUGAUGCUCAUCAAUCCCCAGGCAAGGAUGUGGUGGGCAAGUCUGUGGCUGAUGAGCAUCUUUACGGGUUCCCCGACUGACUGCCUGCUGUCGUUUCCCCCCUCUUUACCCACUUGGAUACCCUCCUUCUCCAUGCUCUCGUGGCACACGAGCACGACAGGGGAUUGGUGGCAGCUCGUCGGCAGC